AUUUUAGCCAGAAACUUUUACUCUGGAUGUUUUCGCUUUUUUAUCGAGUAGAAGUACCGUACAAUAUAUUCAGUGCCUUGGAGGUGGAUCGUAUAUACAUGUGCAUACCGAUUCUAAUUGCCAACCAUCCAUUUUCUGCCUGUACUUCAUCAGACUUUAAGACGGGGUUGAUGAUGAUUUCCGCCUCAUCCGGCGCACAUGUAAAGCGCCGGAGCGCAGAUGUGCAUUGCCAUAUUCAGCGGACGGGAUUGGUUUUCCUGGAGCAAACGCAGACACUGGAGAACAAACUGCCGUAGCCGUUACUUUCCUCUCUAACAGCCGCACAUAUCCCUGGGUGUACAAAAAUGUAGUGCGUGAAUACUUAUUGAGUAGCUUGUUGGGACAAGUUAGUUACCGGGCAGCUCAUCGGGAAUAUACUGCAUAUAUGUGUGCUCCGGCGGCGUCCGAGCAAGCUGUGCAGACAGUGUAUUGUACAGUAUAUGUUCUAUGUAUAUUCCUUUUCGUUCCAGUCUGAAUUUUCCUUGUAGCACGCUUCCAAAAUGAUCCCUGCCGGCUUGUUCGAUCGCAUUCUGGUCCAGUAACAUGAAAUUGCAUUCCCUUCUAUUUGAUCGUUGAUUAUUCUAUUAUGCCUACAAAUGAAUGGAAAAUAUCCAGUGUUUCGUUAGUUAACUUAAUUACUACGGAUUCUAAAUGUCUGUCCGCCGUGAAAAUUAAGCGGAUGCGCCAAAACAUGGGACAUAUAAUAUUGUCCAUCAACGAUGCAGGGAAUAUUUGCGAUAAGACACUAUUUGUAAGGAUUGCAUAAUAUUCAUACUGAUAGCGUCAUUCACCCUCGUCCUCGUAAACCUUUACUGUUACAUAACGCGGAACGCGGGCACGGGAAAGCACACAGUUGAUUAAACCACCGAUCACGCAAUCGGAAAUGGUAUUUAACGUUGUGGAUACAGAUUUGCACGCGGUGUCCAGCGCAUAGUAAACUGGGAUAUGUAGAGGAUGUGUUAAACAGAGUUGCAAUCCGCUGCAAGUUGAGCUGCUCUUAUGAAUGCCGAUCCAGACAAAACAUCAUGAGCGUCUGCGUAUGCCGGUACAUUGGCCUGUGUGGACACUUUCCAAUCUCCUCGGCGUUGUGGUACGACUGCAGACAUUGUCGGCUCGGCCUCUGUUAACUAGCCAUACUCUGCUGUUGAGGCGGCGCCCCGGCCCAGGUCCUUCCUGUACUGUUUGCUGGCUGGCGUAGUACGGAGGUACAUAGCUAGAGAGUGGCGGGAUAUAUUACGACUAAGUACCUUACAUUAUGGAUCAGCUAAGCAAUAGCAGCGAUCACAAAUCACACACUAUCAUGACCGCACCAAGUGGCUCAACUGGAUUCACUAACAAACGCCCCAGCGAAGCAAUAUACUUGCGUAAGUCAUCGGGCGCCCGGAAUUGGUUCCAAACCCAGCUGAAUCGAUUGCGUGGUGGUGGGGGACGGAGAAAUCGACGCCACUUUGCUGCCAGUACGAGCUGCAGUCCUAAUGAUCCCUUUAGUCAGGACUUGACAGGACGAGCCGGUCGCCUAUCACGCAGCCGUAGUCCCGCUGGCUCCCAGCAUGAUAAGCGACAUUCCGUUGGCCAAAAGAAGCGCUUUCUCCAAACCCUGGAUGCACAAGAAAUUGCCGGUUCCCUGUCCUCAGCUGAUCGCAGGACAGGAUGCCGCUGGACGUUUGUAUUCGAUCCUUCCGGCCGCUUGGCUUAUUAUUGGUCCUGUGUUGUCAGUAUCGCCUUUUUGUACAAUUUAUGGGUCAUCGUCUACCGGUUUUCCUUUCAAGAAAUUAAUAGCUCAAAUGUUCAUUUAUGGAUGCCUUUGGAUUACUUUGCUGAUAUACUGUACCUGUGCGAUAUUGCUUUUAAUUUUCGUACCGGUUAUCUGGAAGAUGGCGUAUUACAAACCGAACCAACGAAAUUACGAAUGCAUUACAUGAACACGACAUUAUUUUAUGUGGAUUGUCUCUGCCUCUUACCGCUGGAUAUUUUAUAUUUGUCAUUGGGGUUUAAUUCAGCACUGCGUAGUUUUCGAUUGGUGAAAAUUUAUCGAUUCUGGGGCUUUCUGGACCGCACGGAACGACAUACCAAUUAUCCCAAUGUUUUCCGUAGUGUGGUGUUGAUUCAUUACCUGUUGGCGUUGUUCCACUGGAAUGCAUGCAUUUAUUAUUUGCUCUCCUCGUGCCGGUUCUGUGACUUUCGUGCUAAUUGGUCCAAACCGGAAGACCAGCUGGAUACAGUGCGGCUGUACCUGUACGCUCUGUACUGGUCAACACUGUUCUUAACGAAUGUGGGUGAUAUUCCCCGACCGGAAUCCAGAGUCGAACACAUAUUUGUCAUAUUGGAGCUAAUAUGCGGCCUGCUCUUGUUUGCUACCGUGCUGGGCCACAUAGCGAAUAUUGUGGCUAAUGUUGCUGCUGCGCGAAAGGAAUUUCAAGCAAAGCUGGAUAAUGUGAAGACAUACAUGAAUCUACGACGCGUGCCGGACCAUCUACAGAAAAAGGUCAUUAAAUGGUUCGAUUAUCUGUGGAUGACCAAAAAGUCGUCUGACGAAGAAAAGUCCGUCAUGGCAUGUCUGCCGGAUAAACUCAAAGCGGAAAUAGCCAUUCAUGUACACCUGGAUACGCUGAAGCGAGUGGAAAUUUUUCAGAACACCGAGGCUGGUUUCCUCUGUGAACUGGUACUGCGAUUGCGUCCUGUGCUUUUCUCUCCCGGUGAUUACAUUUGUCGCAAAGGUGAAGUUGGCAAAGACAUGUACAUUGUGGCUCGUGGAAAACUGCAAGUGGUGGCUGACAAUGGGCGAACUGUAUUAGCCACACUGAAAGCCGGAAGUUACUUCGGAGAGAUCUCAGUACUUAAUAUGGGUACUUUGGGUAACCGGAGGACAGCAAGUGUGCGUUCCGUCGGCUACUCAGACCUUUUCUGCCUUAGUAAACAGGAUAUGUGGGACGUAUUACAAGAGUAUCCCGCUGCGCGGGUCAGAUUGGAAGCCAUUGCUCAAAAGCGUUUGCGCAAGUACGAGAAAAGUCCACUGGAAAAAGCCUCGAUGAAUCGGAGUCAAAGUACUCCCGGCCUGGUGGAGCCCGGUGUGACCCAUUCACCGCGCAUCGACCGGGCCACCAUCAUUCGCAUGCCUUCAAUGCCCGCAGGACUUCCUGGACAGAGCUUCAUGGACCACACGCCUUCCCUGCCCCAUGAGCAGGGCCCCGCCCACGUCGCAUCCGACCCUUCCGCCACCACGCUCUCACUACCGGCUUCCACCAAGGCCCCCCUGCUGCAGUUGCCCGACCGGUCCAAAGAGACCGCUGCUGUGCUGAUUGUUCCUUCCGCGCUGCCCAUGUCUUCCAGUCGUACCGGCACCGGCUACCACUCUCCCCAACCGCCCCAUUCCAUGACGGCCUCCUUUAGUCCCCUUCCUUCCGUUCCCAUGUCCACCGCGCCGGUGGCCGCAGUGACCACUACUGCAUUCCAGCAACACCUAACCGUUCCCAACCGGCGACCGGUUAAUGUUACCAGCUCGCAUACCGUGAGCCGAUCCACGACACCGGGGGCAUUAACAUUAAUAGCCGAUGACGGACAUCAUUGUCAAGUAACUCCCUCAACGACCGAAGAGUUAAUAGCGGAAAUACGCCGGCUGCGCGAGCGCCUAGUGCAGCUCGAGACGGAGAACGCUAGUAUGAGUAUUAAGCUAAGUCAACAGCAGUGGGAAGUGGAGCAUCGCUUGGCUGAGAUCGAGAUGCAUAUAUGCGCCGGAAGUGAGAGUCCCACGAGUGGAAGUGACUUUUCAGAGCUGACUGUUUCAAAUUUGCCUACUCUUGAGAAACCAAACAGGGAAUCGGUUAUAUAAUGGUCUCUGUGUGAGUCUGUGGUGUUUUUUCCCUUUUGUUUUUGUACUGUAGCCUGCCAGAUAAUGUAUGUAUAUUAUGUGAAUAAUGUGAUCCACUGUUGAAUAACCAUUAAUACGUGAUGGUUGUCAAUAGAAAGUUUGAACGAUACACUGUACUGUAUAUUAUAUCGUCGCCGGCUCGACAGUCGCGACCGUCGCUCCAAGAACGAACGGAUGACGGAGUCAGAGUGGGAGACAGGAAGAGAGAAUAAAAUCGAUACACACAAAACUGAAACUGAUGAAUCCCAAAAGAAUGGGCAAAUCAAUAAGCAAACGGCACUUUGAUAACGGCAACGUAACAUAUACUGCCAACUUAAUUAUACCCGAUCAUCAUACCAUUUCAGACUUUAUUGAUCUGGACGUGCCAGAAAGGAGACGCUGAGACUGCGUCGAUGUGUACUCGACAGUCUCUGAAUGUUAAUUUUAAUUACUAAAACAUCCACUUUUUUCACUGGUUCCGCAGUUGUCUCUACCAUCGAUAAGCAUGCGGAAGCAAGUUUAUCCCAGUGAUAAAUGGUCCCGCAACUGAAAGACAAAUGAGGCAUUCAGUCGAAUUCAUCAUCACCGCCGGCACCAUCGCCACUCGUUGGAUAAUGCCUUAUAUAAUUUCCAGUCGUGCAUCAGGCCUAGCAGAAAAUUAUGGGAUGACGAUAACGACGUCACUCUAGCACAGCCCGUCCCGUCCACGCACUCAUUCAAGCGUAAAAAUCCGUGACGCAACAUCUUUGGUUAACCAUUCCAUUCCGGCUAAGAGAUUCUCCCCCGACAUGGCGCAACACGGCAGUAUCAUCCAAUUAUGUGUCUUAAUGUUCUUCAGGUCAAGCAUCUAGUUACAGAAACACGAAGUUACAUGGAGUGCCGGGUCAAGUGUCCAUUUAAAGGCCCGUCUUGAGCAUCGAAGGGCGGCACCGCUACCAAA